AUGGCCUGUAUCAGAAGUCCUUUCACUAUUGAAAUGGCUCUAGUUGGGCUUCUCAUAUUGGCUAUCCUGGAUUUCACAGUGGCUCAGACAGGAGUUCGUUAUGGAAGGCUCGGGAAUGGAUUGCCACCUCCAUCAGAAGUCGUAGCGCUAUACAACCAGAAUAACAUCCGAAGAAUGCGAAUCUACGACCCACACCAGCCUACUCUUCAGGCUCUUAGAGGCUCCAACAUUGAGCUCAUGCUAGGUGUCCCAAACACUGACCUUCAGAGACUUGCUGCUAACCAAAAUAAUGCAAAUAUUUGGGUUCAAAACAAUGUAAGAAACUAUCCUAAUGUCAGGUUUAGAUACAUUGCAGUUGGAAAUGAAGUGAGUCCUUUGAAAGGUGACACAUCUCAGUUUGUACAAUAUGUCCUCCCUGCCAUGAGAAAUAUUCAAACUGCAAUUUCUGCCGCGGGACUUGCGAACCAGAUUAAGGUUUCUACUUCUAUUGAAACCGGCGUGCUCGGAAAAUCUUAUCCUCCAUCAGAUGGGGAAUUUCGAUCUGAAGUUCAACAAUAUCUUAGAGGGAUCAUUCAGUUCUUGGUAAACAACAGAGCCCCUUUACUUGUCAACAUAUACCCGUAUUUUGCACGCAUUGGUAAUCCACAACAGAUUAGUCUUCAAUAUGCUCUUUUUACGUCUCCUGGAAUUGUAACACCUGAUGGAACACGGUACCAGAAUCUUUUCUACGCAAUAUUAGAUGCCGUGUAUGCAGCACUUGAAAAGACUGGUGGCUCAUCUCUGGAAAUUGUUGUGUCGGAGAGUGGUUGGCCUUCGGCUGGAGGACAAGACACGUCCAUUGAUAAUGCAAGGACCUAUAAUACGAAUUUGGUGCAACGCGUAAAGACAGGGACCCCAAAAAGGCCUGGACGAGCUAUAGAAACUUACAUUUUUGCUAUGUUUGAUGAAGAUCAGAAGAGCCCUGAAUAUGAGAAAUUUUUCGGGCUCUUCCGACCAAACAAACAAGCUAAGUACCCAAUCAGCUUUAACUAG